CAGUCAUUGUUUCUUUUUCAAUGUGUUAACUACAGUAGAACAUAUUAUAAUAGGCUUUUUUUUCUUAAUUUAUGAACGUGUGACAAUCUAUUUGAAAUGAAUAUAAGUGAACUGGUGUCAUUUUUAGUAUUAGCAUUAACAUUAUCAAUAAUAGGUCAAACAAUACCACAGGUUUUAGGCAAAUCAUCAAGACAUAAUCAAACGAAUUUUGUUUCUAUCAAAAAUAAUUCAUCAGAAAUAAUUUCUAUUAACAAUGAUUAUCCAUCAUCACAAGUGGCUGAUUUGUUUUAUAGGACGUUUGCCAACUUCACUAUUCGUCUUACUAACAGCUCUGCAUGUCGAAUUCAAACCGAACUGUACAUUAAUCACUUGAGAAAUCAUACUUAUUGGGCGGCCAGAAUGGCUGAUUCCUGGAGUCGAUAUCCAAAUGGUAUAUUGGCUGGCGACAAUUAUCAAAUGGGAGUUUAUGACGAAUGUAUUGAUGUGGAAUAUCCAAUUCAUGGACAAUAUUGCUUAGCUGAUAUAAAAUUAUAUGCAUCAACAAAACGCAAUUUUUCUGUGAGCCCAUUGCAAGUUUCUAAAAAUCUGGAGAAUGCUUGGGAUGAAAUACUCGGGUGGGUCGAUCAUCCUAAUCAAAUGUCACGAAAUGUUUUGAAAUUUGGUAUAUGCAUACCAGAAUCUUGUAAAGCUCUUGAUCUAGAAAAUUCUUUACAAUCAACUUUGGAUCAAGUGUUUUUACCGGAGAACGUAAAAGCUAUAGCUUCUGUCAAUCCAAUAAUGUGUUCCUUGGGUAAAGAUUUAUAUCCAUACACUAGAGGGUAUUAUACUACUAGUGGUGUUUUUCUAAUUUUUGGUUUGACUUGCUGCGUUGCUACAAUAGUUCAUAUCAAAUAUUUGUUUAAAAUAAAAAAGAAGGAUCCAAUCCAAUGUAAUGGAAUUUUGCAAUCGUUUUCAAUUAUAAAAAAUGGCAAUGAAUUAUUAUUAUUUGAUAAGGAUAAUGUUUUGAAUAUUUUUAAUGGUUUUAAAUUUGUUGUAAUGCUAUUUAUACUAUUUGGACACCGAUUUAUGCAUUUGAUUGGAACCCCUCAAAGUUACCCUAAAGACUUUGAAAUCAUUUAUGUCAAUGGUCCAGCUAUUUUAUUAACUAGUAUGAAUUUGGUUGAUCCAUAUUUUUUUAUGAGUGGCUUUUUAGCAUAUAAAAUGCUUUACCCGACUUUAAUCGGCAAAGGAUCAUUUUUUUAUAAAAUAUUUAUGCCGAUAAUUUACAGAAUUGUAAGAAUGCUACCUGGAUAUAUCGUAGUGAUGGCUUUUACCGCUCAGUUGUUGCCUCACUUUGGUAAUGGACCAUUUUGGCAACAAAAAACGUGGAAUGAAGCAAAUUUAUGUAAAGACUACUGGUGGACAAAUAUUCUAUUUAUCAAUAAUUUUAUUGAUGUAAAAUACCAAUGUCUUAUUAUAAGCUGGUAUGUUACCUGUGAUGUACACUUUUACAUACUUGGUGUUAUAAUAUUGUAUAGCUACAUACAAAACAGAAAAUGGGGUAUUGGAAUGCUUCUACUUCUUAUUUGUUUAUCAUUAAUAUUGCCGUUUUACAUAACAUUCAUUACUAAAUUAGAUGGCGUGCUCAAAGUGAACAUACCUUUCUUAGAAAAUCCUAGAAGUUCUAUGACGUUUAACAAAAUUUAUAGACCUAGUUAUUUAAGGGCAACACCAUUUUUAGUUGGAAUAGCUAUUGCAUUUCUAGUUGAAAAAUUAAAGGAGACCAAAUUUAAAAUGUCCUAUAAAGUUGUUUUUAUUGGGACAUUUUUUAUCACUGUGAUUGGUUUAUGGGCACAAUUUUAUGGAGCAAUAUUUUAUAAAAAGACAAAAUUAUAUGAUCCCGUUGAAAAUGCAUUGUACGCGAGUGUGAGCCAUUGUACGUGGACUGUAUUGGCAUGUUGGUUAGCUGUUUGUCACUUCACGACGGGUUAUGGACCAUUAACAAAAAUAUUGAGUAACCGUUUAGUAGUUCCUUUGGGCAGACUAUCAUACUGUGUUUUCUUAGUAAACCUGACUGUAAUGACGAUUUCCGCGGGUUCGCAAAGAUUACCAACACAUUUCUCUUUUUCAUCAUUGAUCAAUAUUUGUAUUUAUGACAUUUUCAAAAGUUAUUUAGUCGGAGCUUUGCUGUAUUUCACAAUUGAUGCACCUCUAUCUGACUUAAUUAAAGCAGCAUUUGGAAGAAGAAAAACCCAAUUCAAAUCAAAGGAAAAAAGUAUUCACCAUGAAAAUGUACUUAAUCAGAAAAACACAAAAAUUGAAACAAUUGUGGUGGAGUCUGCGCGACUAUAAGUGUUAAAAAAGGAUUUAUUACUAACAUCGUUAAACAUCGCCAUUGUAUUAGUAGGUGCUCACUUUAAUUUUCUAAGUUGAGUCAGUAAUAUGAAUUCAAAAAAUAUAACCACUCAACUUUUUUUUAAAUUGCACAGGAAAAUCCGUUUAUCAUAAACUACUUAAUAACUUACAAAAUAAGCUUUUUAGUUACAUGUAUAUCUUUAUUUGAUCCUUAUACCUUCUAUCAACUUAAUUUUUUUAAAUGAAACAUACAGUCGCAUAGCUAGCAUUUUUCAAUAGAGGUUAAUACCAAAAAAAAAAAAAAUGUAAUAAUCUUUUUUAUGGUAAAUGGCCAAUGGGGGAAUUUAGCUCUUUUUAGCCAUUCCCUGGAUACAUCCUUGGUAACAUACGUAUUUAACUAGAAUAUGAAAAAUGAUUUAAUUAAGAAAAUGACUGGUUGAUAACAACUAUUAGGCCAGUACUUCAGAAAUUAUUUUUAUACUUAGUUAAGAUGAUCCAGGAAAUGUUUAGUAAUAAAAAUCGACAUAUCCAAAUUUCAAUUUCAGUAGGGGAAUGUGGAGUAAAAUGUAAUUGUGCUUCAAAAAAUAUCUAACUUUAAUUGUGAAAUAAAUAUGUGUUAAAAAUAUUUGAUUAUAUUGUGUUUUUAAAUAAAAAAAAUAUAUGUUUCUCUUUUAAAUUAAUUUACUCUAUUGAUGUAAAAAUAAUAGUUAUCAGAAUUACGAAUUUUAUAAAUUAAUAAAUUAGAUUUCAGAUAGGAAAUUUAUUGAA